AUGGCGACAUCUGAACCCUUGAAUUCGCCAAAUUUGACGAAUGGCAAACACCGGCUCAAUGGGAGGAAUUCCAAUGGAAAUGGGCAUAAACCAAAUGGUAUUAAUGGUAAUAACUCAAGGAGCAAUCAGAAUGGGAAUUACGACAGAGAUAGCGGUGUUGGGGAACCAUUUGAUAGCCUCAAAGAUAUUAAACACAAUGGCUCCAAAGAUCGGAGACAUCCAAACGGAGAUCUUUCAACUGACGAUGAGCAUCGACAUAUCCAUAAAUCACACCGAAUUGAAUCAUUUGGUGCUCACACUACGGCAUCAGGAGGUCAAGCGAGGCAAAAUGCCAAGAUCCGUACAUACACGGACGAGCUCAACAGCAGAGACUUUCCUCGGAUAUCAAAACCGGUAGAGGUCUUGAGGAAUGUUUACGAUACAGUGGUAAUUGGAUCUGGCUACGGUGGUUCAGUUGCUGCUAGUCGUAUGGCAAGAGCCGGACAAUCUGUGUGUCUGUUAGAGAGGGGGAAGGAGAAAUGGCCAGGGGAAUACCCCAGCGGUACUGUGGAUGCGAUGGAGGAGCUUCACGUGUCGGGUAAUUUUGCUCCUGGAUUUUUACCCGGUGCCAUGGUGGAAGAAGGAGAUCCCACAGGCCUCUAUCAUCUCAUAUUUGGAAAAGGUCAAAAUGCUUUCGUAGCCAAUGGAUUAGGUGGCACGAGUCUUUUGAACGCCAAUGUAUAUCUCGAAGCCGACAAAGACACUCUAGCCAUGGAUUGCUGGCCAAAGGAAUUACGAGAGGAGGAAACCUUAAGACCAUAUUACGAUCGAGCAGCAUCUGUCUUACAACCUCAAAGUUACCCCGAAGACUGGCCUAAGCUUCCCAAGUUAACAUUGUUGGAAAAACAGGCCAAAAUUCUUGGUAUGCAUGAAAAGUUUUAUCGCCCACCACAGACUACCCGAUUCCUAGGAGGACCAAAUAGCACUGGAGUCGAAAUGUAUCCAUCCGCUUUAACAGGCAUGGAUUGCACUGGCGUCAAUGAUGGGAGCAAAAGCAGUACCUUGGUCAACUACCUCUCAGAUGCUUGGAAUUGGGGAGCAGAAAUGUUUUGUGAAUGUGAAGUGAGAUAUGUACAGAAGCAUCCAGAUCCCAAUGAAGAAGGUUAUCUUGUGUUCUUUGCGUGGCAUGGAAGUAACCGCGGGGCUUUCAAGACCAAUAUUUACGAAGAUCUGAUGUGGGUACAUGCAAAGAAGUGUGUUUUCCUUGGCGCCGGUUCGAUCGGAUCAACGGAAAUUCUUCUCCGAAGCAGAAGCUUAGGAAUGAACAUGAGCGAUAGAGUCGGCAAGAAUAUGAGUGGUAACGGUGAUAUGUUAGCUUUCGGCUAUAAUACCGAUGACGACGUUAACUCGAUUGGUCGUGCUUCUCCGACGGCAGAUAAUCCCAUUGGACCUACCAUCACGGGUAUCAUUGAUAACCGAGAGGGCCAUGCAAAUGUUCUGGAUGGAUAUGUCAUUGAAGAAGGUGCAAUUCCAAAAGCACUUGCUCCACUCUUCCAGUUCAUGCUUGAGAAGCUUCCAGGUUCUGAGCCGCCAUCGGAUUUGUCACCGCUUGAGAAAUUGAGACAUACACUUUCAGCUACAGGGAGUCGUUUCUUAGGCCCAUACUACAAAAAGGGCAGCAUUGAAAGAACACAAACUUAUCUUGUCAUGAGCCAUGACACCAAUCAAGCCAUUCUCACUCUCAAAGAUGACAAACCUCUCCUUGAGUUUCUUGGUGUUGGUCGCAGCGAUCAUGUCAAAAAGAUCAACAAUGUUCUCAAGGAAGCAACAGAGGCCGUUGGUGGAACUUUCGUCAACAACCCGUUCUAUUCAUCACUCGGUCAGCAGGAAAUCACUGUUCAUCCCAUCGGUGGUGCUUGUAUGAGUUCAGACAAUACCGCUCAGUAUGGCGUCACCAAUCAUUUCGGUGAACUUCUCACGGGUCGUGGUAGGGAGACAUACCCGGGUCUGAUAGUUUCUGAUGCUGCAGUUAUUCCCUGUGCUUUGGGUGUCAAUCCAUUCGCAACUAUUACUGCCCUUGCUGAACGCUCUGUCGCUCAUGCUGCGAAAAAUCUCAAUAUCAAUAUCGAUUAUGAUACCAGCAAUGGUUUGUUAGAUUUGUUUGGGAAGCCAAAACAUGCCCCAAUGCAAUUGCAAACUUAUAGCACACAAAAUAAUGAUGUCGAUGCAGCUACCAAAAUGAUUGAUGAUACUGAAGACUCCAAGACAAGUGGGUUUGGCUUCACUGAGGUCAUGGAAGGGUUCAUUCAUAUUGGGGAGAAUCUCAAGGGUGAUCAUAAAGAGGACUAUGAAAUUGCUGCCAAGACCGCUAGAGGUCUUUGUGAGGCUUCGAGGUUUUUUCUAAGCGUCAAGGCUUAUGAUACACAUAGAAUUGUUCAUCGAGCAGAUCACUCAGCUAUGUUGACUGGCACAUUCGUUUGUGCUUCCUUACCUGGUAGUCCCUUCAUGGUUCAACGUGGAGAUUUCCAGCUCUUCAGCGUUGAUCAUCAAGCUCCUGGUACUCGAAAUCUUACAUAUGAUUUCGACAUGACUUCCACAGAUGGCAAGCAAUUGCAUUUCCAUGGAUACAAGAUUGUUGAUUCUUCGGUUGCUCUUGGCCCCUGGAAGUUUUGGACAGCUGCAUCAACGCUUUACGUCACCAUUACGGAGAAAGAUAUCAACAAGACUGUGCGUGGAAGAGGAAUGAUGCACAUUCGACCAAAGGACUUUUUGUCCCAAAUAUUUACUCUCAAGGCUGUCGGUCGUAAUUUCUGGUCUAGACUUCAAUCUACCACAAGCUUCAUGACUUUCUUCGCCAGACAGUCGGCCAAUCUCUUCUUCGCUCCAUUUACCUAUCUUCAAUACCCAUCGGUGACCUACACUGGGUACAUUAACGACACUCCACCCGACCAAACCAUCCAGAUCGUUGCCUCCGAUGACGUUAAAACUCUCCUCCACGUCUGGGAACCUCAAAACCCCAACAUCGCCACCAAAAAUCUCUUCUUCAUCCCCGGUGCAUCAGUCGACCAUCAAAUCUUUGCACUACCCACCAUAGAAGUCAACGCCAUCAACUACUUCACCCGUGCCGGCUACCGCUGUUUCGUCACCGUCCAUCGCAUCUGCCAACUCAUGGUCGCAGAAGAUAACUGGACCACUUUUGAUGCUCGUCUCGAUAUCAAAGCCUCGCUCCAAUGGAUCCGCAAAGAGCAUGGUCAUCAUCCUAUCUAUACCAUUGCUCAUUGCAUGGGUUCCGUGGCAUUUUCUUCCGGUCUCCUCGAUGGUACUAUUCCCGCAAAUUGGAUCUUGGGCGUAACGUGCUCGCAAGUUUUCAUGAAUCCCAUGUGGGCAACUCUGAAUCUGGUAAAGGCCCUUGCGGGCCCGAUACCGUUUGAUAAGUUGUAUAAGAUGUUUGGGGGUAAUUGGUUUAGUUGCUCGAGUACGAGGGAGGAUACAUAUUUUCAACAGUUGGUCAAUCAAUUGUUGAGGUUUUAUCCGGAUGCUAGACUCUGGAAUCACAAUAACCUAAACGAAGCUACCCAUCGCCAAACCAAUCGUUUCUUUUCCGGCGUCAACAUGACCUGUCUCCACCUACUCAUGCGUAUGGGUACCAUCGGCCACGUUACCGGCAACGCACCAUUAUUCCACCCCCUUACAUCCCCCAAGAACAUCCGUCGUCUCAAAGGCAUACCAUUUUUCCUCUUCUCGGGUUCAGAUAACCAUGUACUGACACCGGAGAGUACAACGAGGACGCUGGAGAUGUUGAGAGAUGAAAAUGGGGGUGGCAGUGAAAUGUAUGAGAGGACGGAGAUUAGGGGGUAUGGACAUCUGGAUUGUUGGAUGGGGAGGGAGGCGUAUAAGGAUGUUUUUCCCGAGGUGAGGGAGAGGAUUGAUAGGGUUACGAGGGGGAGGGAGUAUAGGUUUGUGGAGGAGGUGGGGAGGGAUGGGGAGGGGAAGAAGGGGAGGUAG